AUGCUGUCGUCCUCACAGGCAGCGAUCAAUGCAAACGUUCAAAUUAUAUCAAAACGCUCUUUGAAUUGUUGGUGUUUAUUGGCUUGCCGCUGUGGUCACUACUUGACGUUUGGGCGGAUUGUCAUCCAACUUUUUCUUGGUGAUUUGUAUCAGUUAGAUGCCGGCUCCAAAGCGGUUGCGAGAGUUGGUGAGAGACAUUAG